UCGCAUCAAUAUUUAGUUAUAUACUUAUUUUCUUCCAUUCUACAGGUAAAAAUGUCAAAAUUUUCAGCUUGCGCUUCGCGCUCGCAUGCUUGUCAUUGCUAACACCUUGGGCGGUGUAAUGUCCAUGGGUAUGUACCCCAGCUCCAAUUUCUGUCUGUGCGCGAAAAAGUUUUGUUUGUGCGCGAAAAAGUUUUGUGAACGGUAUACGGUACUACUACUCUGGAUCAGCUGCUGCCUGUACAAAUCGUAACUCUUUGUAUGGGACAAUCAGUUAAAGCACAUCGUAAAAAUGGGUUUGACAGCUCGUAAUAUCAUCACAUACAUCAUUCUUGCUGUAAUUAUUGACCAAAUGGCCCGAAUUAUAUAUAUGAUGGGAUUUCACAAGACUGUAUUUACACAUCACCCUGGAAAGUGUAGAGCUCUUCCAGGCAUUUUGAAUGGUUCUGAGGAUAUUGUGACUUCAUCUAAUGGACUUGCAUUUAUAUCAUCUGGUCUCCUGAUGGUAGUUGAACCAAACCAAGGAAUACUGGGUAAAAUCUUUGUCUUUGACUUCAAUUAUCCUGAUGAUGAUCCUCGAGACACUCAGAUCGUUGGUCUCGAUCCUGCAGAAUUUGUGCCUAUUGGAAUGGAUAUCUGGGAGAGCGGGCCAAAAGAUAAUCCCACACUGACCCUGUAUGUUGUCAAUCGGCAUCCCGAUAGAAUAGGGAUUGAGGUGUUUGACUUUUCAUACCAGAAUAAGGUACCCACCUUAACACAUCAGAGAAGAAUACAUCACAAGAAUAUUUGGAGUCCUAAUAAUCUUGUUCUGGUGGACCAAAAUCGCCUCUAUGCUUCAAAUGACAGAUAUCUUCCAGAACCUCUCAACAUGCUUGAGAUCUUUUUUCGACUGAGAUUAGGGACUGUGGCCUACUAUGAUGGAGAAGAUGCUAGGAUUGUUGCACAAGGAGUAAGAUUUGCAAAUGGUGUGAACAUCUCACCAGAUAAAAAGUUUUUGUAUGUAGCUGCAUGUAUGGGCGAAGAAAUUAUAAUCUACAGAGUCCAAAAUGAUGGAAGUCUGGAACAAGAAAAGACAAUUCCCCUGGGCACUGUUCCUGAUAACAUCAAUGUAGAUCCAGAUGAUGGAUCUCUUUGGAUCGGCAGCAGUUUUGUAAUGUACCACUUCUUCAACCGAAUGGGAAAACUUUAUGGGGUUGGUCAGGUUUUGAAUGUUAAGCUUGAUAAGGAGUUAAAUCCUACCAUCAGAGAGGUCUUUUCAGAUAAUACAGGACUGGUAAAGUUCAGCAGUGUUGCUAGUCGCUAUGGAAACAGCUUGCUCAUCGGGACUGUGGUCAACAAGGCUGCCUAUUGUGAAGGAAUAACAUUCUGAUCAUGUUGAGAGCAAAUUCAACAUCUUAUCCAAUUAUGAUAGUAAAAUUAUUAUUGAGCUGAAAUUGAUUAAAGGGGAAUGAGACCCUUGGAACAAGUUGGCUUGUGUGGAAAGAGAAAAAUCUAAGGAAAAGAUCAAAGAAAGUUUGAGAAAAAUCAGACAAAUAAUGCUCUUUCUAAU